CGUGGUCCCAAUCGCCAUUUCUCUUUGGAAUAUAGAUCAUAGUGAAGUGAAAAUGACAAGUUCUAGUACGUUGUUAACGAGAUCUCUAAAGAGCGAAGCACCUCGCUCAAGGAGUCGUUCGUUGUUUACUCUUCUUUUUGGUCUGAUAGCAGGAUUUUGUUUGUCUCAAUUUGCUUCACGCAUGGCCACACCUGUAAUUAUAUAUCCACUUGCAAGACAACAUUCUGCGAAUCAUACAGACUUACACAAUGAUCUUGUCGUAGACGAGGGACCAGAACAUGAAGUUUUUUAUCACGAACACAAGGAAGAUAACACCACAAUAGCGGAUAAAUUAAAGAAAGAGGUUCGAAUUCUUUGCUGGGUGAUGACCAAUCCGAAGAAUCACAAAUCAAAGGCACGUCAUGUGAAACGAACUUGGGGUAAACGUUGCAAUAUCCUUUUAUUCAUGAGCUCGGCUGAGGAUAAUGAAUUGCCCACCGUGAAGUUGGAUGUGGAGGAAGGACGAACGAAUCUUUGGCGUAAGGUUAAGGAGGCGUUCAAGUAUGUCUAUAAACAUCAUUAUAAUGACGCCGAUUGGUUCUACAAAGCCGAUGAUGAUACCUAUGCUAUAAUUGAGAACAUGCGAUAUAUGCUGUACCCAUAUAGUCCUAAAACUCCAGUUCACUUUGGUUUCAAAUUCAAGCCGUUUGUUAAGCAGGGAUACAUGUCCGGGGGAGCUGGCUAUGUGCUCAGCCGGGAAGCUCUUCGUCGCUUUGUGGUGGAAGGCAUACCCAAUCCCAAAAUGUGCUUACCCGGCACUGUUGAGAAUGAGGAUAUCGAAGUUGGGCGCUGCAUGGCGAACUUGAAUGUCUCUGCUGGUGAUUCUCGCGACUCUACUGGCCGAGGUCGUAUGUUUCCUUUUGUUCCAGAACAUCACCUUAUUCCAGGCAAAUAUGACUUGAAAUGGUGGUAUUGGGCCUAUCAGUAUUACAAGAACGAUGAUGGUCUCGACUGUUGUUCUGAUUUGGCGAUUUCCUUUCAUUAUGUGGCUCCGCAUUUCAUGUAUGUGAUGGACUAUUUAAUCUAUCAUUUGAAACCUUACGGUUUGCUACGAACACCGGAAGCCCUGCCUGCUAAAUUAAAAGUGGGUAAACUAUUACCCGCUCCAAUCGAUCAACCAGCGGCCAGUAAUGAGGACUCCGUAAGUGAUCUUGACAGAAUGAUAAGCAGUACCACUGUCAAAAUUGAUCAUGAGCCUGAUGCUAGAGAGGUAAGCUCUAAGGAAGUUGACACAGAAGAGGAAAAGGAAGAAACAGAAUCACACGAGAAGAAUACAUCACAGAAAAAAGAAGCUAACGAUGAUAAAUCGCAUAAAGAGUAGAAUAUAAAAGAACAUAUUCAAUAA